CUCUUUUUUUUAUGCCUUCCUGAAUCUGCUGAUCAGCGCCUUUGUGGUUUUUGUCAUCUUUAUUGCCAGCACUAUCGUGAGUGUUGGCUUCAACAUGUGGUGUGAAGCUAUUACUGAAAAAGGAAGCAUGCCAAAUAGCUGUGAAGAACUGCAGGAUAUAGAUCUUGAGCUGAAUUUAGAAAACUCAUCAUUCUAUGACCAGUUUGCCAUCACACAGUUUGGUCUCUGGGCUGCCUGGGUGACCUGGCUAGGAAUUACCAUCUUGGCCUUUUUGAAGGUUUAUCAGAACUAUCGGCAGGAAGACCUCCUGGACAGCCUGAUUCAUGAGAAGGAGCUUUUGCUAGGACGAUCCUCUUCACGAACUUCCUUUCAGGAGGAGAAAAGUGGCAUGAUUUAACGGGAAGGCUGAGCUGAAUCUGCUCAGCAGGUUGUGGGUUUUGUACGUUGGCAUCUCUGUUUUGAGGACCGUGAAAGGAAUUGUUGUAAUCCAUGCAAUUUUUUUUUCCAGAAAGGAAAGCAAAUCUGGAAAUAAGCAGCCCAUUAAGGAUAUCUUUGUCCGCAAAAAUAUCCCUGCUAACAGGCUAGUUCACACAUAUGUGUUCAUCAUGGUCUCUUGUCUGUGAAUUACUCAACAAUGGGUGAAUGUCAGUUAGAUUUGCAAACUCUCUCCAUUGUAAGGAUUCCGUUAGAGUUGGUGUGAUAUUGAAAGUCCAUCUUUGGAGAUUAAUUUGCCUUUACUCUUUCACACCUGCAAAUCAUCCCUUUUUGCUUGUAUUUGUACCUGAUAGACAUGCAUGUGUGAACCGACCCAUAGACAAUAAACUUUGUGCCAUUUCCUUGAUACAGGUUUAGUCAAGUUGUCACCUACAACAUAUUUUCUGUUGAACAUACAAUUAGCUUUAGACUUGGGAAUAGCAACAUAUAUUCUUCCUUAACUGGUGUCCAUGCCAUCUCAGAGAUAUUGUGUUGGAUACAGACUUAGUCAUGUUUAGAAGAAAUCCAAUGAAAUUGCUGCAACAAGUAAGUCAUGGCUAUCUGAAUUGCUGAUUUCACCCGAUUUCUGCCACCAGACUAAGGACAGAAAAAGACAUGAAAGACAACUUGGUAUUAGAAGAUGUGAAUCCUUAAGGGCUGAUUGUUUGUGAGUAUCAUGCCAGGCGCUUAUUUCAUCUCUCAGAGUUGGCAAAUUAACUGGCUUUCUUUUAUGAUUGAUCUUGGGAACAUAAGCAAAAGAUUCAGUGGAAGCCUGAUUUCUCAAAUAGAAAUGUUUGUCUGAAUCACAUCUCUCCAACACUAAGGUGCUUUCAACUGAUAAUGAAAUGUUUAUAACAUCACUUUCUGUCCUAAGUCUGGAUCCAACCCAACGUUAUGCAUGACUUGGGCUUAAUUAUGUGGAGGCACAUUUAGUGAAUUCCUUUUGUCUGGGAGUGCAGGUAUGAGGACUGGAAAUUGCACGUGUGUGUACAAAACUAGGUAGUGUUAAAGUGGCCAUGGCAUAGGUGAAGAUAUUUUUGCAGGACUCGUGUGGUCUCUUUCCCCACUUGAAGGCUCUGGAUGAUUCAAUAAAUGGAUGAACUGGAGGCUGAAAACGUUCCAAGAUCAUGCUAAAGUUGUACCUACCCUAUGGCCCAGUAGAGAACAUGUUUAUUGGUGACCACAAGUCCAUCUAAGGUUAUUUACCUUAGAUGUAGCCUUACUUUUUCUGUGGCACAAUGCCAACUAGAGUAGACCCAUU